AAUUUCGCUAUCAAAGAACCAAUAUUAAUCAUGAAAAGGAGAACUGCAACUAUCUGUGUGGGCAAGAAAGCCAAGAAACACAAGAUCACCAAAGAGUACUACGCCAAGAAGGAUAUCAGGAUUAGUCACACAAAACCGAGUAAGAGUUCAGAGAGAGAGAGUGGGGAUGGACAUGGGGGAGGAAUGAGGGAGGUGUGAGACACUACUGAAGCGUUCUCUAGUCCGAUGAAGAAGUGAAGUGAAAAGGGAAGAAUAAGCUCAUUGAGUGUGAAGUACCAGAGAACUCCAUCUACAGUUCUCAAAAACUCAAACUCGAAAUCCAAGACAAUAAAACCUGUCAAAACAGCUAGGCUCUCUCAAACCAAUCUCGACAACACAGGAGCAGUUCCCACAGUAAGGGCAGAUUCUCUCAAAAAUCAGAUAAUUUCUGUUAGCGCCCGAACCAAAAAAGAUCAAAAUAUUCCUGACCAACUUAUCACCGAAAACAACGCAGAAAGUUUUGAAACAAAAUUAAUAGAGGAAGAAGAAAACCCCUGAAAUAUAGUUACAUUCACAAACAAAUUUUACAGUCAUGGAAAUGAUAUGGAUGUCCAUUGGGUCUUUCACUACUCAGAUAUCCAAUGCAGGGCGUGCAAGCCAGCCCAGACUAAGUCUGGGCUGGAUUCCAUGCCUGAACUAGACUGUCUGAAGCACUUGAAAUGCCCCAUCCCAUAUUCAUCAGUGAAGAAGAAAUCGCUGAGUGAUGUCAGCUACUCAGAGGAGAUCCCUGGGAGCAUUAAUACAGUGUACUCUUCAGAGUCUAACAACCGUAUUGAUGACUUCAUGAGCGAGAACGCUGUACUUGAGAAAGUCUCUGGCUUUCUCAAUGAGGCUAGCUUUGAGUCUCCAACAGAGAAAAACCUUCUCGCUUCAUCAAUGCAUGAUCAUGAAGACUCUAUCGUUGAGCUUGACUUCGAACAGGAGACUCCUAUCCUACUCAAACUAAUCAGAUCGAGGAUGUCAAGGCAGAAGCAACUGAAGGAAGUAAAUAAGACUGUAGUCGUCGAUCCCAGAUGUCUUCAAAAACUUUAUGCAGUGAGGAAGCAAUAAUUUUAUUUUCAAUUUUUAAACACAAAA